AAAAUUGUUGAAAUUUAAACGAUAAACUGAUUGUCCUAUGAUUUAAACAAGAUACGAUAUAGCCUUAAGCAAAUGUAUUAGAUACUUCUUCAGUUUAAGAUUUGUCCUGCUUGAUAUAAUCUUCCGAGCGCCAGUUGUCGGGAAGAGCAGCUUAAAAACCAGUGAAGAAGAAAUAAGUGCUGCAUUCAACUGGUAAAAAUGGCUGUAGGUUGUGGAGCCAAGUGUGCAAAGUUUAUGUUGAUAGUGUUUAACACUAUCUUUUGGUUGUCUGGAGCAGCAGUUUUGGGAGUUGGUAUCUGGCUCAGAAUUGAUCCAUCUAUUCUCAAGUACCAACAGGUAGUCAGCAUAGACUCUGAGGACCCAAUGCUAGAGUAUGCUGCCUAUGCCCUUAUUGCUGCUGGAGCCUUUGUAUUCCUAGUGGGAUUCUGUGGCUGCUGUGGAGCACUUAGAGAGAGUAAAUUCAUGCUAGGCAUGUAUAUUUUCUUCAUGGUAUUGAUCAUGGCUGUUGAAUUAGCUGCUGGCAUUUUGGCAGUUGCAUACAAAGACAAGGUUGAGACCCAGUUGAAGGCGUAUAUGGUGACAUCUAUCAAGAAUAAAUACAUGACCAACAACACCAUUGGUGCUGCUUGGAACUUGGUUCAGUACAAUCAUGAAUGCUGUGGAGCAAACAACUACACUGACUACCAAAACAGCAAGUGGUCAAAUGCAUCUGGGAUUCAUGUUGCUCCUACCUGUUGUAAGAUGGAUCCAGGAAAAGACCCAGAUAAAAUCCAGCCUGUUAAUUAUCAAGUAUGCCAAACGGAGGCUAAUGCAGGGACACCAAGUCCAACCCAACUACACAGUAAGGGCUGCUAUGAAGCUGUCAAGGCCUGGUUUCUCAAUCACGCGGUUGUCGUCAUUGCUGUGGGUUGUGGUAUUGCAGGAGUUGAGUUAUUUGGUUUCAUAUUUGCCAUCUGCCUCUGCCGUGGCAUCGGAGAUGAAGAUUAAGAAGGUGAAGCAAUCAACUGAAGUGCUUAGACAUUUGAUUCCUAUUUAAAUUUUGGAAAAAAUAACUUUUUGUGUGAUAACAUAUUUUAAACAAGAUAUGUUAUUUACUUUUGGCUGAACAAUUUAUGACAUAGGGAACUUAACAAGAGCUCCUUUAAACUGUUGUUUAUGACGAUAUUUCCAGGUCUAAAACAGACUGUAGUUCACAUGUUUUAUCCCGCAUCUUAAAUACCAAAGCAAAUUAAAUUUUUUGUAUACUUUUUUUUGUUCCAACUAACACAGUUAAUGAGAAAAGUGGAGAAAGACAUUUACGUUUGUGGUUUAACCUCUUAGACUUAAGCACGUAGCAAAUGGAGCAAAUUCAGUUGGUUGGUAUUAUUGACUACAUUAUUUCUCUUUUUAAUUAAGUUCAGGUUUUUAUGUGAUAAAGUAGUGGAGAAACUUACAAAAUUUUAUUUUAUUAUAUGUUUUGUAUUUUAUAAAUAUUAGUUUUUAAAACAAAAAUAACUAGAUCAAAAUUGCUUUAGUAAUGAAUUUCCUUUAGUGAAGAUAUGGUAUGCUUAUCCGAAUGUAUAUUGAAGAAUAGCUGAUCUGAAAGAUGACCUUAUAAAUAACAUGCAUUGACACCCUUUAAGUGGACUGUCAGUCCUCAUUUAAUUACCUAAAAAAAUUAAGGGCAUUCUCCUCGGUUAGUAGAACUAAGCUCUUCCAAAUGAUAUACUGCUUUUUUAUGUACACACGAGUGCCUGACAUGGUAUAUAUUUUUCUAAUUAAGGGUGGUAUGCAAAUUGCUCUUUGGAUUAAUAUUUUAUGAGAUAUUUUGAGUUGGAUCUGCCACGCCAGGCGGAACAUUCUUGUUUUGAACAUCAAAUAUGAGGUUGUUGCUAUUUUUAAAAAAGAAAAUAAACUGUCCUUAUCAAGCAAUUAAAAGAACUCAUUCAUGUUAACCACCUGCAACUUGCAAUAUUGUAGAAUUGAUGGUACUAGUCCUUGUAUAAAAUUAUUCAUGCCACGCUGUAUAUUUUAAUUGAUGUAAAAGGUGGAAGAGUGAUAGCAGUGGAUUUGUGUACAUAGAUAUCUAUUUUUAAAUAAUAUCUUACUAAAUGUUGUAAGUUUGUAGCAAAGUAGGUUAAAAUUAAGUUGUGUUCAUUUGAAUGGAAUUUUGUAAUGGAAAUAGCAUUGUAUCUGACAGCUGAAUCAUUGUUGAGCAAGACAGGGAAGGUUUCUUUUCACUAACUGGAAAGCUACGGUUGCAUUGUUCCCAAUAGUAGACUUAUUUCAUGUCUUUGUACAAAAUAACAUUACUCAGUGCUUUGUUCAGCAAUGUUUUAUUUUAGUGGCUAUAUGUAUACUUCUUAGUAUAAAUCUCAAAUUAUCAUAGGUCCCCUAAAUAGUUCUGGUAAUAUUAGUCAUUUAUGAACAAUAUAACAAGGUUUUAAUGACAUAUCGGGGGGAAUAUUUUUCCCCAAUAACAUAGACAACUACAUGCAGUGCCUUAUUAACACAGUACACUUAACCUUGCAACAUUCCAGCAGAAAGUUGUGUUUACAUUUUGGACCGUUUUUGGUACAACCCUUCUCUGUGGGCUGUCUGAUUAUUAGCCUAAAUGGGUCAUAGGUAUGAUGAAGAUGGCCACUUUCAGCAGUUUUCAUUCUCUGGUACCACUGGUUAUUGCCAUCCCAGCCUCUGGGUACUGCAUGCAAGUAGUAUCAGAGAACAAUUGGAAUGCUAUCAUUGUUCUGGUGAGCUUGCCCCAAUCAAGCUGCUCCACAGAGAAGGGUUCUAACAAUAAGCAACUUUAAUGUAAAUGCGACUCCAGUGAUAAAUGGGGGUCAAAAUAAUGGAGUGCAAUUGAUCAUUCAUCAGUUGACUAAUAGUAUUUGGUAGCUUCUAUAGAUCUUCAAGUAAUAACAUCCACUUAUAAACAAAGUUGAAAAUCCUAGAUAUGAAAUCCUGUCUGGAUAUUUAUUUCCAACACUGGUGGACAAGCCUGGAUAUAGUCCUUAUAUUAACUUUGUGCAUUGUACAAUCUUCAUUGUCUUACUCCAGAGGACAAUAGACCUACGUCACGUUUGGCUGAUUCAUUGUUGACUUUCACAUUUUAACUAACAGUUUAAAGUUCCAUAUUUUAGGUUAGAUUUCUUUUAGCAUAAUAAAUUUGCUAUGGAAACAG